CCGGCAUCGUAUCCGAACGCAAGCGAUGUGGGAGGAAGGUCUCGUCGCCGGCGAUCUUGUGGGCCUGCCCGUGAAGCUGCGCGCCCGCUUCUACGGCGACAGCACCGUGGGCCUGCAUGUGCUCGAGUGCCCGGACGAGAUCGGCCUCGGCAACAUGGCCUUCACGGAGGCGACCUACUGCGACGGGCCCAACGGCCUCAAGUACGUCCAGUUCUCGGCCAACGUGUCAACGCCCGAGUUCACCAUCGUGCUGCGCCUCGUGGGCACCUACGAUACGACGCAUGGCCUGCGCGGCAAGUGGUUCAACGCGACCAACAACCUCCAUGGCACUGGUGGCUUCCACUUUGGCGUCGUCGACGGCGAUGGACCGGCGCUCGAUGCCAUCUCGCCGCUUUAUCCGCUCGCGCCGGGUACCUACACCUUUCGUGGCGGCGCGAUCGGCGCCAAUGGCCGUGUCUACGCUUCUCGCAUCACGCUGCAGCUGCUCGACGAAGGCCGCGUCGAAGGCUACGUCCAGGAACACUUUGUGCCACAGCAAUGCGCGCUAGCCGGAUCUUGGACGCGCAAUCAGAUCUCGUGGCACAUUACGUACGUCGUCGAGGGCGUCGGCAGCGAGUACGUCUACUACGGCACGCCGACCCAGCGACUGCUGCGCGGCGCGUGGCAGCGCUGCGACGUCGACGAGAUCGAGUCGCUCGCCGCCGAGAGCGGUCGCUUCGACUACGAGCUCGAACACGCCGACCGGCGCUGGUGCCGCAAGUACCACAAGUACUUCCCACCCACGUUCCAGAUAGUGGCGCGGACGCUGCUGCUCUCGCGCCGCGGCCGCCGCAGCGGUCUCUUGCCGUCCGACCUCUGGUGUCACGUGUUUACCUAUAUCAACUACGACUGGUUUGCGUCCCGCGUGCUCGACACGCCGUAAUAACAAGUGUAUUGGCAACCUCGAUUAGCCGUGAUAAAAGCACUUGUCACAGA